AUGAAGGACCUGUGCCUCACCCUGGAUGGGCUCUGGGGGUUCGAACAACAUUUUGUUCAAAUCAUCCCCAGAGCGGACAGGAUGGCGGCCGCAUUGGACCUCCUGCCCAACGUGGGUUGGCCGAACUCAAAGGUUCGGCGCCUUUACGCGAAUGUCGUGCAGUCGGUGUCCCUCUAUGGGGCACCGGUAUGGGCCGAAAAAGUCUCGGCCAGUCGGCGAAUCAAAGCGAUGCUUCAUCGACAGCAACGCCGGCUGGCCAUUAGGAUCAUUUGGGCCUACUGCACGACAUUGUUCGUGGCGGCCACGGCCCUGGCGGGCCUCCUCCCGGCCGAAUUCUUGGCAACCUCGUACGCUGAAGUUUACCGGCGUACGAGGGACCCCGAUUGCGCCGGGAGUGCCCGCCUCAGACCAGGGGCCGUGGAAAAAAUUAAGAGGAAAGCCCGUCGCAGGGCCAUCACGCAUUGGCAGGCGGCCAUUGCGGACACUGCGAUGGGCCGAUGGACCACCCAUGCCAUCCAGCCCUGUCUGCCGGAAUGGGUGGACAGGAGGGGACGAGGACUCGGGUUCCACCUGACGCAGGCACUCACCGGGCAUGGGUGCUUCGGUGACUACCUGUGCAGGAUCGGCAAGGAGCACACGACGAAGUGCCACCACUGUGCGGCCGGUCGGGACUCGGCGCAGCACACCCUCACGGAGUGUGAGGCGUGGUCAGGGGUGCGCCGGGCUCUGACCGCAGUGGUUGGCGAGGACCUCUCCCUUCCGGCAUUAGUCCGGACGAUGCUGGAAGGGAAGGAUAAUUGGAAGGCCGUCUCCGAUUUCUGCGACGUUGUAAUGUUGCGGAAAGAAGAGGCGGAACGUGUUAAAAGAAAGGAGAUGGAGGAGGUGGAUGCUAUCCCACUCCUCUCUCUUCCUCUCCCCUCUCAGAGGAGAACCUCAGGGACCUCUCAGGCUGUGAUGGUGGUGGUGGCAAGUUUGUUCACCACCGUCUGA